AUGAAUCCAGCUUCCUUUGGAGAAUUUGUUUGGGAUGGAUAUUCUCCAUUUGAAAAAAAUUUGCGAACUGAAUUAUCUAGUAUUUGGAUAGAUUCUGUUCCUCGACCGCAUGAAAAACCCAGUUUCUCUCCUGCUCGAACUCGACUGGUUUAUGGCACAAACGGUGUAAGAUGGGGCUGGUAUAUUGAUACAGAAACUGAAUUGAGAAGCUAUAUUUGCCAAGCAAACAAAUCUAUUGCGAAUCAGCUUAUGGAGCUUGAAAGAGGAGUUGAUUACGGACAAAUUGAUUUAAAUGACAUACAGCGUGCUCCAUGUUUUGUAAAGCAGCCAUUUGAUGUAUGGUAUCUUCCGAGCUAUGCAACUGAUAAAUUUGCUGAGUUUACUUGCAUGGCAAAUGGAAACCCGGUUCCAACAUACCGUUGGUAUAAACUUGGUUAUAUACAAAGUGACCUCGUUCAGUCAAAUGCUUCAGUCAUAACCCGAACGUUAAUUGACCCAUUGUCAGAUCCUACUGGCCGUAUUGCUAUAAGUAUGGGCUCCCUUGUUAUCCACUACGCUGAUCCACAGAUUGAUGCUCAAGAUUACCAAUGUGAGGCUAUCAACCAAUAUGGUAGUAUUUUGAGCCGCACAGCCCGUAUUGUGUUUGUACAGUUGGAAACAUUCCAAAAGCAGCCGAAAAUGCCAAGAACAGUUGCGGCUCAUCGAAGUAUUACCAUCCCUUGUGACCCUAUUGCUCAUUCUCCUCCUGAUACACUAAAACUGCAAACCAAUGUAUCAGUGGGAGAUUGCUCUUAA